CUCAGCUGGCAGACCCCACACCUCCUGAGGCAGCGCCAUGGCUUUCCUCUGGCUCCUCUCUUGCUUCGCCCUUGCGGGGGCCGCCUUUGGCUGCGGGGUCCCUGCCAUCCAGCCAGUGCUCAGCGGCCUGUCCAGGAUUGUCAAUGGGGAGGACGCUGUCCCAGGCUCCUGGCCCUGGCAGGUGUCCCUGCAGGACAAAACCGGCUUCCAUUUCUGCGGCGGCUCCCUCAUCAGCGAGGACUGGGUGGUCACCGCCGCCCACUGUGGGGUCAGCACCUCCGACGUGGUUGUGGUCGGGGAGUUUGACCAGGGCUCUGACGAGGAGAACAUCCAGGUUCUGAAGAUCGCCAAGGUCUUCAAGAACCCCAAGUUCAGCAUGCUGACCGUGCGCAAUGACAUCACCCUGCUGAAGCUGGCCACGCCCGCCCAGUUCUCCCAGACGGUGUCCGCCGUGUGCCUGCCCAGCGCCGACGAUGACUUCCCCGCAGGGACCCUUUGUGCCACCACCGGCUGGGGCAAGACCAAGUACAACGCCAACAAGACCCCUGACAAGCUGCAGCAGGCGGCCCUGCCCCUCCUGUCCAACGCCGACUGCAAGAAGUUCUGGGGCAGCAAGAUCACUGACGUGAUGGUCUGCGCUGGGGCCAGCGGUGUCUCCUCCUGCAUGGGCGACUCUGGCGGCCCCCUGGUCUGCCAGAAGGAUGGAGCCUGGACCCUGGUGGGCAUUGUGUCCUGGGGCAGUGGCACCUGCUCCACUACCACGCCUGCCGUGUAUGCCCGUGUCACGAAGCUCCUGCCCUGGGUGCAGGAGAUCCUGGCUGCCAACUGAGCCCGAGACGUCUACUCCCUCUGCCCCAAGAUUUCCCAUUAAAUGCAUCUGUUUAGAAGCACUGA